AUGGCCAUGGCAAUUGGUUGUUUCUUUACUUGGGAAAUGGUUACCUACCUACUCCGUAGGCUCCCAAGGCUCCCUGAGUUCCUAGGUAGGCAGAGCAGCGGGGAUGCUGCUCACCGGUCUGGCAAGACCCGGCCUACUUCUCCAACAAGGAGCAUCGAUCGUACGCUGCUGCUGCUGAUGCUGUUGGGGUUUCGCCUUGGAGUUUGCGCUGAUGCUGGCCCUGUUGCCGAUGCUGCUGCUGCUUCUUCACCAAAAGGGACUACAGCCCGGCAAAACCCACAAGAAGGGAGGGGCGCAGGCAAGGCAGGACAGAACGGUCCCUGUGGGCCUCCUGCAUCAGCGGGGGAUACCGGCACAGGCGACAAGUGAGACGGGGGGGUAUAGGUACAAAGAUAGACCCCGGCCUAUACAUUCAAAUACUUUCAAGUCUCAACAGAGAGUAC